CGGCAAGGGCGGGGCACAAAGGCCCUGUGCUAAGCACCUGCAAUCCUCUGGGGGUGCCACCCCUGGAAACAGCGCCCCCACCAUGUUUAACCUCAUGAAGAAAGACAAGGACAAAGAUGGCGGGCGGAAGGAGAAGAAGGAAAAGAAGGAGAAGAAGGAGCGGAUGUCGGCGGCGGAGCUGCGGAGCCUGGAAGAGAUGAGCCUGCGUCGCGGCUUCUUCAACCUGAACCGCUCCUCCAAGCGCGACUCCAGGACGCGCCUGGAGAUCUCCAACCCCAUCCCCAUCAAGGUGGCCAGCGGCUCGGACCUGCACCUGACGGACAUCGACUCGGACAGCAACAGGGGCAGCGUCGUCCUGGACUCGGGCCACCUGAGCACAGCCAGCUCCAGCGACGACCUCAAGGGCGAGGAAGGCGGCGGGCGGGGUUCGGUGCUGCAGCGGGCGGCCAAGUUUGGCUCCCUGGCCAAGCAGAACUCGCAGAUGAUCGCCAAGCGCUUCUCCUUCUCCCAGCGCAGUCGGGACGAGAGCACGUCGGAAACCUCCACCCCCUCGGAGCACUCUGCCGCCCCAUCUCCGCAGGUAGAGGUGAGGACCCUGGAGGGACAGCUGACGCAGCAUCCCGGCCCUGGCAUCCCUCGAUCAGGACCUCGGUCCCGAGCCCCAGAGCUGGUGACCAAGAGGUUUCCGGCUGACCUGCGUUUGCCCCCGGUGCUGCCCCCGCCACCCCCUGCCCUCCGGGAACUGGAACUGCUGCGAAGGCCCACCGGGGACUUCGGCUUUUCCUUGCGGCGCACCACCAUGCUGGAUCGGGGGCCCGAAGGCCAGGUCUACCGGCGGGUGGUUCACUUUGCGGAGCCCGGCGCGGGCACCAAGGACCUGGCCCUGGGGCUGGUGCCCGGUGAUCGUCUGGUGGAGAUCAAUGGACUCAAGGUGGAGAACAAGUCCAGGGAUGAGAUAGUGGAGAUGAUCCGGCAGUCUGGGGACAGCGUGCGGCUCAAGGUGCAGCCUAUCCCAGAGCUCAGCGAACUCAGCCAGAGUUGGCUGCAGGGCGUGGAGGGACUCCGCAGGGAGCCGGCCCAUCUGGACCCUGAGGCCGCCUCUCCUGCCCACAGCCAGGUGAAGACAGAAGAGCAGAUUGCAGCUGAGGAGGCCUGGUAUGAGACAGAGAAGGUGUGGCUCGUCCAUAAGGAUGGCUUCUCGCUGGCCACUCAGCUCAAAUCCAAGGAGCUCAGCCUGCCCGAGGGGAAGUUGCGUGUGAAGCUUGACCACGAUGGAGCUGUCCUGGACGUGGAUGAGGAUGACGUGGAGAAGGCCAAUGCUCCCUCCUGUGACCGUCUGGAGGAUCUGGCCUCGCUGGUGUACCUCAACGAGUCUAGUGUCCUGCACACGCUGCGCCAACGCUACGGUGCCAGCCUGCUGCACACAUACGCUGGCCCCAGCCUGCUGGUCCUCAGUCCCCGAGGGGCCCCGGCCGUGUACUCGGAGAAGGUGCAGCCCCACAGACCCACCACCCUCUACCUCCCCACCUUGCCCACCUUCCCUGGCUCUGCCCCUUUCACUUGCCAUCCCACAGGGCNGGGUUUCAGAGCAGUGUGCGCGAUUUGCGGGAACAGCCGGCCAGAGUGCUUCCCAAACGUGGACAAGUGGCAGGCUCUGUCCACCCUCCUGGAAGCCUUUGGGAAUAGCCCCACCAUCAUGAACGGCAACGCCACCCGCUUCUCCCAGAUCCUCUCCCUGGACUUUGACCAGGCUGGCCAGGUGGCCUCUGCCUCUGUUCAGACCAUGCUUCUCGAAAAGCUGCGUGUGGCCCGACGUCCAGCUGGUGAGGCCACGUUCAACGUCUUCUACUACCUGCUGGCCUGUGGGGAUGGUACCCUCAGGACAGAGCUCCACUUGAACCACUUGGCAGAGAACAAUGUGUUUGGGAUUGUGCCGCUGGCCAAGCCUGAGGAGAAGCAGAAGGCGGCUCAGCAGUUCAGUAAGCUCCAGGCGGCCAUGAAGGUGCUGGGCGUCUCCCCGGAUGAACAGAAAGCCUGCUGGCUCAUCCUGGCUGCCAUCUACCACCUGGGGGCUGCAGGUGCCACCAAAGAGGCCCCCGAGGAGCAAGCGGAAGCUGCCGAAGCUGGGCGCAGGCAGUUUGCCCGCCACGAGUGGGCCCAGAAGGCUGCAUACCUGCUGGGCUGCAGCCUGGAAGAGCUCUCCUCGGCCAUCUUCAAGCACCACCACCAGAGUGGCACCCUGCAGCGCUCCACGUCCUUCCGCCAGGGCCCUGAGGAGAGCAGCCUGGGCGAGGGCACAGGCCCCAAACUGAGUGCGCUGGAGUGCUUGGAGGGCAUGGCAUCUGGCCUCUACGGCGAGCUCUUCACGCUUCUCAUCUCCCUGGCGAACAGGGCUCUCAAGUCCAGCCAGCACUCCCUCUGCUCUGUGAUGAUUGUGGACACCCCAGGCUUCCAGAACCCUGAGCAGGGUGGGUCAGCCCGCGGGGCCUCCUUUGAGGAGCUGUGCCACAACUACGCCCAAGACCGGCUGCAGAGGCUCUUCCAUGAGCGGACCUUCGUUCAGGAGUUGGAAAGAUACAAGGAGGAGAACAUCGAGCUGGCGUUUGAUGACUUGGAGCCGGCCACGGAUGACUCUGUGGCCGCCGUAGACCAGGCGUCCCAUCAGUCCCUGGUCCGCUCGCUGGCCCGCACGGAUGAGGCGAGGGGCCUGCUGUGGCUGCUGGAAGAGGAGGCACUGGUCCCAGGGGCCACGGAGGACACCCUCCUGGAGCGCCUGUUUUCCUACUAUGGCCCGCAGGAAGGUGACAAGAAAGGCCAAAGCCCCCUCCUCCGCAGCAGCAAACCGCACCAUUUCCUCCUGGGCCACAGCCACGGCACCAACUGGGUGGAGUACAACACGGCGGGCUGGCUGAGCUACACCAAGCAGAACCCGGCCGCUCAGAAUGCCCCCCGGCUCCUACAGGACUCCCAGAAAAAAAUUAUCAGCAACUUGUUUCUGGGCCGGGCGGGCGGCGCCACGGUGCUCUCAGGCUCCAUCGCAGGCCUGGAGGGCGGCUCGCAGCUGGCGCUGCGCCGGGCCACCAGCAUGCGGAAGACCUUCACCACGGGGAUGGCGGCGGUCAAGAAGAAGUCCCUAUGCAUCCAGAUUAAGCUGCAGGUGGACGCCCUUAUUGACACCGUGAAGAAGUCCAAACUGCAUUUCGUGCACUGCUUCCUGCCGGUGGCGGAGGGCUGGGCCGGGGAGCCCCGCUCCGCCGCCUCCCGCAGAGUCAGCAGCAGCAGCGAGCUGGACCUGCCCCCGGGAGAGCACUGCGAGGCCGGCGGCCUCCUGCCGCUGGACGUGCCGCUGCUGCGGGCCCAGCUCCGGGGCUCCCGCCUGCUCGACGCCAUGCGCAUGUACCGCCAAGGUUACCCUGACCACAUGGUGUUUUCCGAGUUCCGCCGCCGCUUUGACGUCCUGGCCCCACACCUGACCAAGAAGCAUGGGCGCAACUACAUCGUAGUGGACGAAAGGCGGGCGGUGGAGGAGCUGCUAGAGUCCUUGGACCUGGAGAAGAGCAGCUGCUGCAUGGGCCUGAGCCGGGUGUUCUUCCGGGCGGGCACCUUGGCGCGGUUGGAGGAGCAGCGAGAUGAACAAACCAGUCGGAACCUAACCCUGUUCCAAGCGGCCUGCAGGGGCUACCUGGCCCGCCAGCACUUCAAGAAGAAGAAGAUCCAGGACCUGGCCAUUCGCUGCGUGCAGAAGAACAUCAAGAAGAACAAAGGGGUGAAGGACUGGCCCUGGUGGAAGCUCUUCACCACCGUGAGACCCCUCAUCGAGGUCCAGCUGUCAGAAGAGCAGAUCCGGAACAAAGACGAGGAGAUUCAGCAGCUGAAGAGCAAGCUUGAGAAAGUGGAGAAGGAGCGGAACGAGCUGCGGCUCAGCAGUGACCGCCUGGAGACCCGGAUCUCAGAGCUGACAUCGGAGCUGACGGAUGAACGUAACACAGGAGAGUCCGCCUCCCAGCUGCUGGACGCAGAGACCGCGGAGAGGCUCCGGGCUGAAAAGGAGAUGAAGGAGCUGCAGACCCAGUACGAUGCGCUGAAGAAGAAAAUGGAGCUGAUGGAAAUGGAGGUGAUGGAGGCCCGUCUCAUCCGGGCAGCUGAGAUCAACGGGGAAGUGGCUGAUGGCGACACAGGCGGCGAGUGGCGUCUGAAGUAUGAGCGAGCCGUGCGGGAGGUGGACUUCACCAAGAAACGGCUCCAGCAGGAGUUUGAGGACAAGCUGGAGGUGGAGCAGCAGAACAAGAGGCAGCUGGAGAGGCGGCUCGGGGACCUGCAGGCAGAUAGUGAUGAGAGCCAGCGGACCCUGCAGCAGCUCAAGAAGAAGUGCCAGCGGCUGACGGCCGAGCUGCAGGACACCAAGCUGCACCUGGAGGGCCAGCAGGUCCGCAACCACGAGCUGGAGAAGAAGCAGCGGAGGUUCGACAGCGAACUCUCACAGGCACAUGAGGAGGCUCAGCGAGAGAAGCUGCAGCGGGAGAAACUACAGCGGGAGAAGGACAUGCUCCUCGCCGAGGCCUUUAGCCUGAAGCAGCAAAUGGAGGAGAAAGACAUGGACAUCGCAGGAUUCACCCAGAAGGUUGUGUCACUGGAGGCCGAGCUCCAGGACAUUUCUUCCCAAGAGUCCAAGGAUGAAGCCUCUCUGGCCAAGGUCAAGAAGCAGCUCCGAGACCUGGAGGCCAAGGUCAAGGAUCAGGAGGAGGAGCUGGACGAGCAGGCGGGGACCAUCCAGAUGCUGGAGCAGGCCAAGCUGCGACUCGAGAUGGAGAUGGAGCGGAUGAGGCAGACCCAUUCCAAGGAGAUGGAGAAUCGGGAUGAGGAGGUGGAGGAGGCCCGGCAGUCGUGUCAGAAGAAGUUAAAGCAAAUGGAAGUGCAGCUUGAGGAAGAGUACGAGGACAAACAGAAGGUGCUGCGGGAGAAGCGGGAGCUGGAGAGCAAGCUGGCCACGCUCAGUGACCAGGUGAACCAGCGCGACUUCGAGUCAGAGAAACGGCUCCGGAAAGACCUGAAGCGCACCAAGGCCCUGCUGGCAGACGCCCAGAUCAUGCUGGAUCACCUGAAGAACAACGCACCCAGCAAGAGAGAGAUCGCCCAGCUGAAGAACCAGUUGGAGGAGUCAGAGUUCACUUGCGCAGCGGCCGUGAAAGCGCGGAAAGCGAUGGAGGUGGAGAUCGAAGACCUGCACUUGCAGAUCGACGACAUCGCCAAGGCCAAGACAGCGCUGGAGGAGCAGCUGAGCCGCCUUCAGCGUGAGAAGAAUGAGAUCCAGAACCGCCUGGAGGAGGAUCAGGAGGACAUGAACGAGCUGAUGAAGAAGCACAAGGCGGCCGUGGCUCAGGCCUCCCGGGACCUGGCUCAGAUGAAUGAUCUCCAAGCUCAGCUAGAAGAAGCCAACAAAGAGAAACAAGAGCUGCAGGAGAAGCUACAAGCCCUCCAGAGCCAAGUGGAGUUCCUGGAGCAGUCCAUGGUGGACAAGUCCCUGGUGAGCAGGCAGGAAGCUAAGAUCCGGGAGCUGGAGACACGCCUGGAGUUUGAAAGGACCCAAGUGAAGCGGCUGGAGAGCCUGGCCAGCCGGCUCAAGGAAAACAUGGAGAAGCUGACUGAGGAACGGGAUCAGCGUGUGGCGGCUGAGAACCGGGAGAAGGAGCAAAACAAGAGGCUGCAGCGGCAGCUCCGGGACACCAAGGAAGAGAUGGGCGAGCUCGCCAGGAAGGAGGCCGAGGCGAGCCGCAAGAAGCAUGAACUGGAAAUGGAUCUGGAGAGUCUGGAAGCUGCUAACCAGAGCCUGCAGGCUGAUCUGAAAUUAGCGUUCAAGCGCAUCGGGGACCUGCAGGCCGCCAUUGAGGACGAGAUGGAGAGCGACGAGAACGAGGACCUCAUCAACAGCGAGGGGGACUCAGACGUGGACUCAGAGCUGGAGGACCGGGUCGACGGUGUCAAGUCAUGGCUGUCAAAAAACAAGGGGCCUUCCAAGGCGGCUUCUGACGAUGGCAGCUUGAAGAGUUCCAGCCCCACCAGCUACUGGAAGUCCCUUGCCCCUGACCGUUCAGACGAUGAGCAUGACCUUCUCGACGGCACCUCCAGGCCCCGAUACUCCCACAACUAUCUGAGUGACAGUGACACAGAGGCCAAGCAGACAGAAACCAACGCAUAGCCCAGGGGAGUGGUGUGGACCCCUCCCACCCACUGCCGCCUGCUGCCACGGGCGCCUCUCUCGUGGGGCACAGGUCUCCCCCAUCCGACUGCGGAUCUGCACGGGACACCCCCGACCCUCUUCGGUCUGGGGGCUUCUCAGAAGGCUGGGGGUAUCUGACAUCUCCACGUGGAAGAGUGGAGGGAAGAGCAAUUCUGAAAAGAGAACUUUCUGCUCCUGCCUUGGGCCACCGUGGGUGGCAGGUGGCUUGGCACCACACGGAGCCAGCAGAUUGACCUCCAUGUCAGCGCCCCGCUCAGGGACGGUGGACAGAUUGCCUACUGGGACAUUCUCGGGUUGCUGGGUCCAUGGGGUGGAGUCUGGGGCAGGAAACAGCAAUUCCUUCCCCCUUGGCUUGGGGCGAGGGCUUUCUCUUCUCAGUGCCUGCUGUCUAUUUACUUUUUUUAAUUUAAACACCCAACCUCUCCAUCGCAGCUGUAUCCCUGAGAGUGGGAGGGGGGCUGCCAUGGCAGCUGGCCCGCCUCCCCACACCGGGAAUGACUAGAGGAAUCUCAGCUUCAUCUUUACUCUUCAGAGAGCAGGCCUUUCUCUGUGCAGCUGGAGAGACUGGUGAGCAGAGCUGGGUCCAGCUUCUUAAGAGUCCGAGUGGGGAGGGACUCUCAGGUGCUUCUGGGUUCAAGCUGAGCAAGCCUACACAAGACAGGGGUGUGGAUGUACCAGCAGGAACUUCCAGCCCCCACCCCUCUUUGUCUUAUCCGUGUGUUAUGUGCAAUGACCUAUUUAAAGAGUAAACCCGCUCCACCUACGCCAAUUCGGGGCUUAUCCAAGCACUGCCUCCCUCCCCCUCAGAACAAGUUGCCUGGAUCACAAGCUCAACUUGACAGGGAAGGCCUUGGGUGGAGGGCUUGUGACUGGAGAAACUGAAGAUGGAGGCUUUGGUCAGUACUAAUAUGUAUCAGACACAAGUCCUCACCCUGAGACCUGAGCCUGAGUCAUUUUUCUUCUUCUAAUCACCCUGCCCACACACAUUUAUCCAAGACAUGACAAUAUGGGGACUGACAGUCCCAGUCCCCGCCCCCCCCACAAAAAGAUCAUCCCACCAAUACCUCCAGACUUGGGGGCCCAAGGGCAGUGCCUGGUGCCGCUCCCAUCUGCUGUCCCCCUCUUCUCUCCUGCAAUUGGUUUGUACUCAUUGGGCUGUGCUCUCCUCCCCGUUUACCUGAUGUAUGGAAAUAAAUGUCCUUUUUCUCCUGGCA